AUGUCUAAUCUAGCAACGGUUUGUCAGACCUAUAAAAAUGUUGAACAAAAAACGAUUGAAGCCAUCUAUAAAUUCCCACUUCAUGAAGCCGCAGCAGUUUGUGGAUUUGAAGCUGAAAUUGACGGAAAGAAAAAAGUUAAAGGAAUAGUCAAAGAAGCAAAGCAAGCUGCAAAGGAGUAUGACGAAGCUAUUCAGCAAGGUCAUGGGGCUUAUCUACUUGAAGAACAACUCCCAGAUAUUUUCCAAUGCUCAAUUGGUAAUAUUACAGCCGGUCAAACUGUUGUUAUCAAAAUUACAUAUGUAACCGAACUAAAACAUGAUGCUGAAUUUGAAAAUGUUCGGUUUGUUUUCCCUACUGCUAUCGCGCCACGAUAUGGCUCAUCCGAUUAUUCUUCUUCAAAUGAUGGGAAAAAGCUUGUUCCUGAUGUAGUAUCUUAUUCCGACAAGACUGAUUACUAUUUAAAGCUUGCUAUUACAUGUAGAAUGACUUCCGUUAUUCAAAAUAUCGAAUCACCAUCUCAUCAUAUUUCGGUAGAACUAAAUAUUGAUGGCAAUCCAAAUGUUUCAAAGGUUACUCUAGCCGAUCAAAUUACUUAUUUAGAAAAAGAUUUUAUACUUGUUGUUAAAAGGCCUUUGUCGAAUAUAACCCUAAAACGGAAACUAAUUGUUAUGCUAACUUUAGUACCAAAGUUUGCCAUUAAUGAAGCAAUGUCCGAAUUAAUAUUUGUAAUUGAUAGAUCUGGUUCAAUGCAAGGUGGACCUAUUAAGAAAGCAUCUGAAGCACUCCAAUUGUUUCUUCGUUCAUUACCUGAAAAUUGUCUUUUUAAUGUGGUAUCAUUCGGAUCCCGUUUCGAUUCUUUAUUUAAAAAGAGUCAACCUUAUUCUGAAGGAAGUUUUUCAAAAGCCCUCAAACGUGCUCAAGAAAUGGAUGCAAAUUAUGGUGGAACUGAAAUUUAUAAUCCAUUACAAUGGGUCUUUGAAAAUUCAAGGAAUGAUAUGCCAACAUCCAUUUUUCUUCUUACUGAUGGUCAGGUUUAUAAUGUUGAUCAAAUUGUAGAACUCAUUAAAUCUAGCAAAGAAAAAAAGAAGGAUGAUUUAAGGCUUUUUUCAAUUGGAAUUGGUGAUUCAGUUUCUCAUCAUUUGGUUGAAUCUGUUUCUCGUGCUGGUAAAGGAUAUGCACAAUUUGUUACAAAUACUGAACGAAUGGAUAAAAAGAUUAUUGGAAUGCUAAAAAAUGCUAUAAAAUCUCCUAUCAAAGAUUAUAAUAUUACUUGGACAAACAACGAUGCUUUACCAGUAGAAAUUAAACCUAUUAAUAACCCAAUUAUUACACCAUUUCUGAUUCCAUCAAUUUACUCUGGUGCUCGAUUCAUAGUUUAUUGUAUUUUAGAAAAAGGACUCGAGCCUUGCAAAGAAAUUAUUUUGAGUGCAAUCUCUAACGAUGGCCCUAUGAAACUUUCAAUUCCAUUGGAUCCAGUAGUUUUACAAGGAUCAAAAAUUCACACACUUGCAGCUAGAAAGCUUAUUCAGGAUCUUGAAGAUGGAACUUCAUUUAUUCAUAAGCAUCAUAGAAAUAGUAAUAAAAUCAUGCCAUAUUCACUUAUUCGUGAACAAAUUGUAAAAUUGGGUGUAACAUAUAGUUUGGCUUCCAAAUAUACAAGUUUCCUUGCUGUUGAUGAAAGGGAUAGUGAGCUGUUGGCUGAAGCUAAAAUUUUGUCAGACCAAAGAGUAGUCCCUGUUGCCGCUGCUUCUUUUUCAGUAUUGCGGUCACAUAAGUUAUUUUUAUCUUCAUCUAAACCAAUUUUUAAUUUAUAUUUACAUAAUUUAUUGGGUGCAAUAUAUAAUUAUCAAUACUCCAGAGCUAGUUCGAUUGAAUCUAUUAGAACAAAGUUUUCUCUUUGUCUAGAAGAACAAGAUUCAUUAAUUCACUACAUGUCAGCUCCUAAGAAAGAACAAGAUUCUAGUUUUUUAGAAGAACAAGAUUUUAGUUUUCUAGAAGAGACUUCCUAUAUUGGAAGUAAUAAUUCUUCUGUAUCAGUUUUACCAUAUACUUCUGUAAAAUCAAAACCUCCAAAAAUUGAGACUCUUUAUAGUUUUCUCAAUUUCCAAUCAUUUGAUGGAUCAUUUUUACCAUCUGCUAAAUUUUAUUCUUGGUUUGAUAAACAUGAUUUUAAAGAUUUUGAAAAUAUUGGAAUUGAAAAUGAAAAAGUAUUAUGUUUAACUUUAGCACUAGCAUAUUUAGAAAUUAUAAUGUUUGAAACAUUUAAAGAUGAAUGUGAAAUGUGUUAUGAAAAAGCAAAAAAGGCUUUAAAAAAAGAAGUUGGUGGUGAUGAGCAAAAGAUUAAUGAAAUUUUGGAAAAGGUUAAAGAAUGGGUUAAUAAAUGGACCAAUGAAUAA